AUGAGCUCCAUCGUCGAUUAUUUUCUUCCGAGAUUGCCGGGUAUUAACGCUGGUUCCAACCACUACUUCGUAACGAAGCACUCCAUAUUCGAGGAGGCAGGAUGGGAUAUUCAUACUGGGGUAUCAUUUUGGCCCAGCCCAUCCACCUCCAUCGUUCUCGGUGACGCCGCUGCCAUCAAGGAGGUCGGAUCAUCGCGUGCGCGUUUUCCGAAACCUGUCCAGCAAUAUGCCUCUUUGGCACUAUAUGGCCCUAACAUCGUGGUUUCUGAGGGAGAACAAUGGAAGAGAUACAGGAAAAUAGUAGCUCCAGCCUUCUCUGAUCGCAAUAAUAAAAUGGUGUGGAAUGAAACAGCUCGGAUUGUUAAUGGCCUCUUUGAAACGGUCUGGGAUGGAAGAGACGUUGUCACAGUUGACCAUUGUCUUGAUAUUACACUCCCAAUUGCUUUAUUUGUCAUCGGUUCCGCAGGAUUCGGCAAGACUUUAGAUUGGAAAGAGGAAGCAGUUUUACCUCCUGGACACAAAAUUUCUUUCAAAGAAUCACUCCACACCGUCACCACUCGCAUCUUUCUCAGAUUGGUCUGCCCUGAUUGGAUGCUGAAUUUGACCGAGAGAGGACGGGAAACGCUGCAAGGUUUCAAUGAAUUGGGGGUUUAUAUGUCCGAGAUGGUCAAAGAGCGUUUGACCGCUGAGAAAGUGGAACGCCAUGAUCUUUUUAGCAGUCUUCUGGCUUCGAAUAACCAUGAAUUCGAUGCCUCGAUGCUCACCGAGGAAGAGCUUGUCGGUGUGUUAUCUUUUAAAAUGACUCUCGGGUACUCUGUCGUUUACACUAUCCCAGGGAAUAUUUUCAUUUUCUUGGUGGCUGGCCACGAGACAACUGCCCAUACAUUGUGCUUUGCCUUCGCACUGCUUGCCCUGUAUCAACAGGAACAGGAAACCCUAUAUCAACAUAUUAAAUCUGUUCUUCCCGGAGACAAGCAGCCAGAGUAUGAAGAUAUGUCGUUGCUGACCCAUUCUAUUGCCGUCUUCUACGAAACGAUGCGUCUUUUCCCUCCUGUGAUCGGCAUCCCCAAAUUCAGCGCUGAAGAUACUGUACUGGAGGCUGGGAAUAUAAACGGCGAAAAAAAGACUGUUGUUGUUCCCAAGGGAGCGCGUGUUAUUAUCAGCGCUCCAGGCGUACACUACAACCCACGUUAUUGGGAAGACCCGCACGAUUUCAAGCCAUCCCGCUUCCUCAAAGAUUGGCCACGCGAUGCUUUCGUACCCUUCAGUGUUGGUGCUCGUGCUUGCAUUGGCCGAAAGUUUUCUGAAACGGAAGGCAUCGCCGUCCUUACUAUCCUCAUUUCUAAGUAUAAAAUCACCGUUAAAGAAGAGCCGCAGUUUGCAGGAGAGACAUUUGAACAGAAAAAAGCAAGACUUUUGAAAUCGCGCCCGGGUAUAACUUUGACCCCCAUUCGUGUCCCUCUGGUUUUCACUCGUCGCACUUAG